AUGCUGGCAGCUAUGUUCGCAGUCCAGCAGUCUGAGAAUAAGAGUCAACCCCGCUUUGUCGCCGCAGCAUACGCUAUCUUCGUGACAGGAAGCUUCGCCGUCUAUCACUUUGUGGCCAAUGGCGAGUUCUCCUCCAUCCUCACCAUGGCACAGAUGCUCCAGUGCCUAGCCUUCGCACUGCUCGUCAUCAGAUCCUGGUCUCAAGGCAGUGUGGCCGGAUUGUCGGCCAAGUCACUGGCGUUGGAGGCCCUUGCGUUUGCCUGCCGCCUCUCCUCAACGACGUGGCUGAAUGGCUACUUGCCAGUGGAUGCAUCUGGGGACUUUGUGUAUCAGGCCGUCGACAUUUGCAGCCUGUUCCUGGUGCUCAUUCUGCUCCACCGAGCCUUUGUGUCUCAUCGUUGGAGCUACGAGGAGGAAGCCGACUCACUGCCAGUGCUCCCGAUGGUGUUGGUCAGCCUAGUCCUCGCUGCACUGCUUCAUGCGGACAUGAACAGCCGCCCGCUUUUCGACACGUUGUGGAUGGCCGGACUCUUCCUCAGCGUCGUCUCUGUGCUUCCCCAGCUGUGGCACAUCCACCAGACUGGAGGUGUGAUCCAAGCCUGCACAGGCCACUACAUCGCCAUGCUGGCUUGUAGCCGCGCCUUGAGUGGGGUCUUCAUGUGGCACGCGCGCUUCGAUAUCACAUGCCAGCCGCUCCUGGGAAAUCUGAACCAGGCCAUCUGGGCAAUUCUGGGCGCCCAUUUGCUCCAUCUCAUACUUCUGGGCGAUUUCGGCUACUACUACGUGAAGGCCGUCAUGCAGCAGGGCUUGGAUUUCAAGAUCGAGCUCCCAUGCGCCGACAUGGUCUAG